UUCUUUUUUUCGGGGAACCGAAUGUUCUCCUCAAAAGGUCUCGAAUAUUCUAAAAUAUACUAAAACGGGACAAAGACGAAGGGUCGAUAAUAUCAGUUAAAAAAUUAUAAAUAUGCCGGUAAUAAUAUAUUGGUAAAAAAAUAUCAGUAAUAAACACUACACAUCAUUUUCUCUUGCGCUGUAAUGCAUCAUGGCUGACAUUGUUUCAUCGACAUACGAUUGCUUAAUUGAUUGGCUACGACGCUGUGCCAUGGAUUUAUUAUCUAGUUUCGGAAAAUGUAUCAAUACAUGUGUUAACAAUUCUGAAGGCGAAUAAGAGAGGGGAUAAAAAAUGUUGGUGGGGGACUUUGUCCAUUAUAUAUAUUAGUAAGAUUUAGACUAUGGUUUCGUCAAUCGUUCUGUAUAGACGACGUUCGGUGGUAGUUCCCGAAUACAGUAAAAAAAAAAAAAAAAAAAUGUACGGUGCUGAGGUGAACGCUAAACACGCAAAUUACUACUUGCCCGUUCAACAUGAUGACAUCCCACCGUGCAAGAAAAGAUUUGAAAAUAUUUCGCAACCACGUCAUACUGUUCGUAUCCUGGGACGUAGAUAUGCUCUGACUGCAACGUCGUAUAAAUAUUUGGAGAUUGGGAUCAACGUAGGACCUGUGCCUACCGUGGAAAUAAUCAUCGGUGACAAUUGCGGUAAUCAAUUAAUAUUACCUACAGAAACUUGGAGGAAGCUGAUGGAAAAACGUCUCGACAUCCAACGGCUUCUGCAAACU